AUGUCCAAGAUCUCCAUCCUCAUCAUUCCCGGCGCGUUCGGGCUCCCAGAGCUCCAUGACCCCGUGGUCCGCCCCAUCGCCGAUCAGGGCCACGACAUCCGCGCCCUGCACAUGGAAACCGCAGGUCUAGGAAGCGGGGGCGCAAGGGACGGACACAAGGCGCCGGAUAUGUACGCCGAUGCGGCGCUCAUUGCCCGGGAGGUCGAGGUGCUCGCCGAUGCCGGGAGGGAGAUCAUUAUUGUAGCGCACUCGUAUGGCGGCGUCCCCAUGACAGAGAGCACGCGCGGACUGCGGGUCGCGGAGAGGAAGAAGCAGGGCAAGCCCGGGGGCAUUGUGCGGAUCGCCUACCUCACGGCGCUUGUUCCGGCUGUUGGCAUGACGGGUGCUGAGGCUUUGACCGGUGCGGCGCAGGAGGAUCCUGGAAGACCAUCGACAUCAAUCGAUGAGAACGGAUGGCUAUAUUACGUCGAGUUCUCGAAGGAAGCGUCCAAGAGCUUCUCAGACCUCCCCGCCGAAGAAGGCGAGAGGAUGGUCAGGAGAUUCACCCGGCAGUCGGCCGCCGCAUUUGGCAGCCCGUUGACGCAUGCCGGCUACAACGACGUCCCAGUGUCGUACCUGAUCUGCGAGAACGACCGAGUGAUUCCGGCCGAGUCCCAGCGGACUGGGAUCAAGAGGAUUGAGGAGGCCAGUGGAAAGAAGGUCGACAUUACCUGCAUCGAUGCUGGUCAUGUCCCGAUUUCUAGCUCACCGCAACUCGUGAUCAAUUGGAUUGGUUGA